GUUUAUUCCUAGAGUAAUUCUGAAAUGGAAACAAGGUAUUGCAACAUAAUUGUAAUUGAGCUGCUCUGACUAAGCUAUACCAGAGGAAAAUCCGCUGAACAGCAGAUUUGUGUUUUGUUUGAUGCAGGUUUUAAGAAAGCUGUAGGUAAGACCUACAAUCACAGAAUGGUUUGGCAGUCAACCAGAAUGGAGCACGCUCAAAGAGAAGGCAGAAUUAUACCUGGGAGUGUUGUUCCUUGCUAAUAUGCAUAGCAGGUGCCAGUUUCAUGGUUUAGCAGCUGUGAGGUCACACAGAACUGUACCUUAUGAAGCAAUUUCGCUUCCUCUUGCUUUGACAAUUUCAAGUGCUUCCACACCCAAACGACAGCCUCUAAAGAACUGCUUGCCAGUGUUAUCUCCACCUAAGAGACUUCUCUUUUAAAAACUUUAAAAAGAAAUUACUGAAAGCAUUGAAGAAUUAUGAAAAUCACGUUUCUCUUUGUGGUGUUAUUCUUACUGGAUCUCUUCACUUGCGGUCAUGCGGAUCCACCAUAUCCCUUGCCUGACAUUGGAGAUGCAACGUUCAUUCAAGACUGUGUGAGAGCUCACAACAAAUUUCGAUCCCAGGUGAAUCCACCAGCCAGCAAUAUGUUUCGUAUGUCCUGGGAUACUGCUUUAGCUAAGACUGCCAAAGCAUGGGCAAAGAAGUGCAAGUUUAAGCACAAUAACUACCUUAAAAUGCAGGGGAAGGUGCACCCCACCUUUACUCCUGUUGGAGAAAACAUCUGGACUGGGACAGCCACCAUCUUCUCCGUGGACACAGCUCUCAGUGACUGGUUUAAUGAAGUUAACAGCUAUAAUUUCAACACCCGUCACUGUAGUGGCAUCUGUGGUCACUACACCCAGGUUGUUUGGGCAGAGAGUUACAAAGUUGGCUGUGCAGUUCACUUCUGUGAUGCGGUUGAAAAUUUUCCAGGACUCUUCAAAGCAGCACAUUUCGUUUGCAACUAUGGGCCAGCGGGAAAUUACCCAAGAAAACCAUAUGAAGCAGGACAACCAUGUAGUGGAUGCAGUAAUGAGAAGUGUGUAAACAAGCUCUGUGAAAAUACAGAACGUGAGAGGCUGAUAGAUUAUACCUACUGGCACCCAGACUGGGAUACACAGCCCCAGCCACCACGGCCCCAGCCACCACGGCCCCGUCCCCCCAGGCCUCCCCCACCGCCGGCUGAGCAUCCGCGUCCCUCUUGUGACCAAUACUGUCUUAGUGUUUCUAUUUUAAGGCCACUGUUUUUGAUACUGACUACUGGUGCUGCCUUUUUAGUACAACAGCGGUAUCCAGCCAUCAUUUUUUAUGAGAAAUGAUCAAUUAAGAUAUUGAUUGGACUAGAUGAUCUUUUGAGGUCCCUUCCAAUCCCAAACAUACUGUGAUACUGUAUUACUCUCAGAGAAUUGCACAUACUUAAAAAAUCACUUGGUCAUCUCUCCAUUAUCCUUGUGAUGUUUAUCCAGCAUAGAAAGGGCAGCUUCUUCACUCAAGGCAAGAUAUAAGUGGCUGUGCAUAGAGUUCGUAUAAUCUGUUGGCAGUAGCUGCAACAUGCUUCUACGUCUGUAAGAGCAUCUUAGCUCUAGCACAGGGGUAGAUUGCUAGAGGGACCACGUAGACUAUAUAUUACUAUAUAUGCUAACAAGCCUGCUGGAAACCUGGAACAUCACAAAACAUGUCUGAAUUGGCACACUGUAUCCAAAAGAAGAAGCAUUAACUCAUCUCCAUUAACCUUUAUUUACUCCAGACAUCAUUUUCCCCAGGUAAUGGAGAAUUAACUCCAAAGUAUGUAUUAUUUUUUAGGAACAGAAAGAGUAAAGGUUGUGCUUUACUAGAGUUAGCCUAUGUGUAUCAAUCUUCAUUAUAGUUACUGUAUUGUCAGAUGUACUAUUCUGUUCUUUCAGAGUUAAGCUUUGUCUUCUGUAGCUAGAAGAAUACCAGAGAAUGUUGAUAGAGCAAGAAAAACAGGGAAGCAGGGAGGAAAAACAGGAGAGGGAAGAUUAAAUGGGCCCAGCACAGAUUCAGCUUCAAAAAUGGAAGAUCACAGCCUCAUUCAAACAAACAAACAAACAAACAAAAACAAAUUGUUAAUGGAUUCAGUUUGUUUUUAGAGACAUUUAGCCUUCAAAACCUAUUUUUCCUAUAUACAUUUGUUAGUAAGGGAAAUAAACACAUCUUUCAAGCUAA